AUGCAAAAAAAUCAGACUGCAUAUUAUCGUACACUCGGUGUCAACCGGGAGGCUACUCAAGAAGAAAUAAGUAAAGCAUAUCGAACGCUUGCUAUGAAAUUACACCCUGACAGACCAGGCGGAAGCAUGGAAAAGUUUCAGCUGCUUCAAAGAGCAUACGAAGUGCUGGGUAACGAAUUCUCUCGAUCCAACUACGAUGCGGAGCUCCAAAGACGAAAAAGUAAAAGGAUUGGGUUUAAGCGCCCUCCGGAUUUGGAUGGUGUGCUCAUGCCGGUGUACUACAAACUUGCUAAUGGCGACUUGUACACAUUUGAGACGGCAGUAAGUCAAAUGGGCUGUACAUUCAGGCAUGGCGAUAUUAUUUCAUUUGGCGAGAAAAUGGGCUGCUUCGUGGGGCUCGCAGGGGAUGACUUUUAUUAUUGGCGCCGAGAGGGCAGCAAUCACGCAACCAAACUUUGUCAGAGAGGGAGUUUUGGUGUGGGUUCCGUCAAUUUGGUUAUGCGCGCGAAUUUACAAAGCUAUAACAUCUCACAACUACGCACACUUGCUGAUGCACCUCUAGGGAGAUAUCGCCCAACUUCCCCCGGUCCUACCACUAAAGCCGCCACUCCGAAGGCUGCGGAUUGUUCCACCACUAGGACGAACAAAUGGGCAACCACGACACCACGGAAAGGGGACUUGAGAUCGGAAUGUGAACUGGCGCGGCUCGCUAUCACGCGACAAGUUGAGCAACGCCGUUUUGAAAAAAAUGUUCGUGCCUUGUUAAAGAAGGAGCGCGAAGCACGUGAAUGCAUUGACGAAGUUUGUAAAGCGACCAUGGAGGAUUGCCGCGUGGAGUUUGAAGAAGCAUUAAAACAAAAAAUUGUGACCGCAAAAACAAGAAGAUCAUAA